AUGGCCACCAACAGCUCCACUCCACGCCGCCGCCCUCAGUACUUCCCCCACCACAUUCCAAACCCCUCCUACGUCCGCAUCCUGGAUACCACCCUCCGCGACGGAGAGCAGUCGCCCGGCGCCACUAUGACCUCUCAGGAGAAGCUUCGCAUCGCUCGGCAGCUGGCUCAACUGGGCGUCGACGUCAUUCAGCCGGGCUUUCCCUCUGCCUCUCAGGACGACUUCAUGGCCGUCAAAAUCAUCGCUCAGGAGGUCGGCAACACCGUCGAUCACGACGGACACGUUCCCGUCAUUGCGGCCUUCUGCAGGUGCGUUCGGGAAGACAUUGGCGUUGCAUGGGAGGCUGUGAAACACGCGCAGAGGCCUCGCAUUUGUACUUCCAUUGCGACCAGUGACAUUCACAUUAAGCACAAGUUGCGAAAGUGUAAGAAGGAGGUUAUUCAGAUAGCUAGGGAUAUGGUCGCCUUUGCACGGAGUUUGGGUUGCAAUGAUAUUCAGUUCGGUGCUGAAGAUGCUACCAGAUCUGAAAGAGAGUUUCUAUAUGAAAUUCUUGGAGUAGUGAUUGAAGCUGGAGCAACAACUGUGAACAUAGCUGACACUGUAGGCAUAUUAAUGCCAUUCGAGUUAGGAAAACUGAUAACUGAUAUAAAAGCCAAUACACCAGGAAUCGCAAAUGUUAUUAUUUCCACUCACUGUCAUAAUGAUCUUGGUCUUGCUACUGCUAACACCAUAGAGGGUGCUCGUGCAGGUGCUAGACAAUUAGAAGUAACAGUAAAUGGAAUUGGUGAAAGGGCUGGCAAUGCAUCAUUAGAAGAGGUUGUGAUGGCCUUGGCAUGCAAGGGAGAUCAUGUCUUAAAUGGUCUGUAUACAAGAAUCAAUACACGAAGCAUAUUGGAGACAAGCAAAAUGGUUGAAGAAUACUCCGGUAUGCAUUUACAACCUCACAAGGCUCUUGUUGGAGUUAAUGCAUUUGUCCAUGCUAGUGGCAUUCAUCAGGAUGGGAUGCUAAAACAUAAAGGUACAUAUCAAAUAUUAUCUCCUGAGGAUAUUGGGCAUAAAAUAACGACUGAAAUUGGUAUUGUGUUGGGAAAGCUGAGUGGACGCCAAGCUUUGAGAAAGCGACUAGAAGAGCUGGGUUAUGAACUUAAGGAUGAAGAAGUUGAUAGUUUGUUUCUGCCCUUCAAAGCAAUGGCCGAGAAGAAAAAGGUUGUAACUGAUAUCGACCUGAAAGCAUUGGUAUCAUAUAAAGUUUUCAAUGCAGAAGCGAUAUGGAAACUUGGUGAUUUACAAGUGACUUGUGGGACUUUGGGUCUUUCAACAGCAACAAUAAAACUUGUUAAUAUUGAUGGCACUACACACGUGGCUUGUUCAAUUGGUACAGGAGUUGUGGAUUCAACUUACAAGGCUAUUAACAUCAUUGUGAAGGAAGCUAUAAAAGUUUUGGAAUAUUCAUUGAGUUCAGUGACAAAAGGCAUUGGUAUAAGUGCCACUGCACGUGUUGUAAUUUGUAGAGAGAAUAAUCAUUCAUCUACUGAUGCUUUCACUAGAGAUGUUACUUAUCCAACAUUUAGUGGAACCGGAGCAGAAAUGGAUGUUGUUGUUGCAAGUGUUGAGGCCUAUCUUGUUGCGGUGAACAAGUUGUUACGAUGCAAAGAAUCAUUUCUUGACCCCCCUGCUGCUGCUGCUGUUUCAAACCCUCUCUUGGGUCUUGUUCCGCCCAACCCUGACCUCUGGGCUCUACGUAGGUCAGAGAGGGCCUCACUCUCUGAUCCUUUGAACAGUGCAAUGCAAACCCUACAGACCAUGGAAGCCAUGAACGUUCACGGUAGCCUUGCCUCUUCAAUUGAGUCGCUCAGCAACAUCAACCAGGACUUGCACCUGAAGCUGCAGCAGCAGCGCAUGGCGACAAUGAUGUUCGGUGGGGACAGCCAGAAAGGUGAGAGCAGCGUUGCGCUGAAUGGGUUUGGGAAUCAGAAGUUGCUACAACCGGUUUCGUUUCAGAACCUUGCGAUUUCGAAGCCAGAGAACUUGCCAGCUGGCAGUUCCAUAAAUGGUGGUCCAAGUCGCGUGGUGGUCUCGCGUGGUGGUGGACGGACGCGAGACGAGACGGCGGCAGGGGGCUCGCGUGGUGGUCCCGCGUGGUGGUGGCUGGACACGAGACGAGAUGACGGUGGCAGGAGGCUCGCGUGGUGGUCUCGAGUGGUGGGCUCACCGGAAGUUGCGGAGAGAAGAAGAAACAGCGACGAUGGCAGCGCAACAGCGGCAGUGGCAGCGGCAGCACGAGAGGCGGUGGCAGUGGCAGCACGAAUUUGCAGAGAGAAAUGGCAGCUGCGCGCGCGAGGAAGAAGGGGUUCUGUUUUUGAGCCCUAA